AUGUAUUCACCCCCACGCAAACCCACACUCAAAGUUCUCAGAAACUUCGAUCAAGGUAAAGAAGCAGGCAAACAAGCGUAUCGCGAGAGCAGAGUAGAGACACUGUUGAAAUUCCUGUACUCGGAAGAGUACCGCAAAGGUUAUGAAGCAGGUGUAAAAGCAGAAAAGAAUCUCGGAAUUCCCAGCACCGAAGAAUGGGAAGCUGAUAGGAUUGCCAAAGCGGCUAAGAAAGCCAAGGAGCUCGAGCUAUUCAAGGCAAUCAGAGAGAGAAAAUCGAAAGAAGCUAGAAGAAUUAAGGAAGCGAUUGAGACUGCUCAUCGUGAUGCUGUUAUGUUUAUAGAGAAAGCAUCGGAAGAGGAGUUGAAUAAAACUUUUGGGAUGGACAUGACCUUCGCAGACAAGGGAAAAAUCUUGGAAGGUCAUGGGCAGAUUCAGGGAGGGCUUGAGCGUAGGGAAUAAAGAUAUGCGAAGGAAUUGCUACUGAUAAACGGUUGGAUUUUCGGGCUGGGAAGACAAAAGUUUGCUAAUUCAAUGAUUCUUCGGGUUACAUCGACUCAAGGCACGGAGCCACGAAUGGAAAUGAACAGAAUGACAAAUGGUCAAUCAAUGUAAGAUAAUAGGGUUUGCUUCAGCCUAAACAAAAUA